AUGAUUCUUCCAAUCUUUUUAUUAUUUUUGAGUUCAUUCAUCAAUGCAUUACAUUUAGAAAUCCCAGCAUUACCUAAUCCACAACCAACUUGUAUUAGAGAUUUUGUUCAAGAAGGUCAAAUGGUUGUUAUAAAUAUUAAUACGGAUGGUUCUAAAAAUGAUGGACAACAAUUAGAUGUCAGGGUCACUGAUUCACUUGGUAAUGAAUAUCAAACAAGAAAAGAUAUAGUUGGUAAAAAGAAAAUUGCGUUUACUUCUCAUAAUAAUGCUGCUUUUGAUGUUUGUUUUACGAAUCGUCAAGCUAAUAAAUGGUCAAGAAAUACAAAUAAACAUUAUUCAAGAAUUGUUGAAUUAGAAAUUGAAAGUGGUGCUGCUGCAAGAGAUUGGAAUGCUUUACAAACUUCUAAUAAAUUAAAACCAAAUGAAGUUGAAUUAAAAAAAAUUGAUUCUUUAAUUAAUGAAAUUUCAUCAGAAUUACAAUAUUUAAAAGGUAGAGAAGAAAGAAUGAGAAAUACAAAUGAAUCAACAAAUUCAAGAGUUAAAUGGUUUUCUAUAAUAAUUAUAUUAUCAUUAGUUGGUUUGGGUGUAUGGCAAAUUCAAUAUUUAAGACAUUAUUUCAAAGUUAAACAUAUAAUUUAG